AUGUCGUACAACGGAAUUGGUCUAUCGACACCAAAAGGUACAGGUACUAAUGGAUACGUACAAAGAAACCUAUCCGAUCUUUAUCAGGGGAGGAAGGGCCAAAGUGAGGGUAAGCAUUUUCUGAAAAGAGAACAGAUUAGACAACAAAGAGAGAGAAAAAAGUCUCUUGAACGAAGCAGAACAGAACUGCAUGAUGAAGCUUUGAGCGAGCAUGAACGGAAGAGGGAGUUGGAAGUUAAGGUAAUGGAAUACAGAGAGAGGCUAGAGGACGAUACCAAAUUGGAGAACGACAAUAUUGAAGAACUGGUAAAAACAUAUAGAGAGACACUAAAAAAAGGGCAAGGUGAAGGUCAAGGUCGAAACAGGAGCAGGAGCAGAUCACCGCAAAGAGAACGCGAGAUUCGUGCAUACAAUCAGAAAGUCGACCCUUUUGAAAAGCCCGAGAACAAAACUCCAGACACUACAGCCCAGAUAUAG